AUGUCCACCAAAAAGGAAUUCAUCUGCCUCGUCCCAGACAAGCCAGACGCGCUGCAGAAGCGUCUCGACGUCCGCGGUCAACACCUCGAAGGCGUAAGGCCUCUUGUCGCGAACGGCACAGUCGUCUGUGGUGGUGGAACGGUCGAUUCGCACCCCGGGCCCGGCGAGACCCCUUCCUUUAACGGGAGCGCUUUGAUCGUUCUCGCUGAGAGUGAGGCCGAGGUGAGGGAGUUGAUCGCUAAGGAUAUCUAUGCCCGGAGUGGUGUCUGGGACGUUGAGAAGGCGCAGGUUAUUCCGUUUAUGUGUGCCGUUCGGGUUGGGAAUAAGGCUCUUCCUUAG